UUCCAAAUUCCAAAUUCCAGAGAGGCUUUCGGCCUCCGCCAUAGCUCUCCGGCUGCCUUUUCUCUCCGCCGCUUCUUCUUCGUAUCACUGCAGCCGCCGGUCAUGGCCAUUGCCUCUGCUUCCACGACCGUUUUUUUCAUCAAGAAUCAUCAACGCCAUCAUUAUCCCUACUAUUCUUCAUUCUCCAUUUUGUUUUCCUACCUGAUCUUUUUACUUUUGUUUUCAUCUCCUCCCACCGCUUACGCGUUUACUGGAGAUGUAGCCGAAGAUUCGAAUAACAGAAGGGCUGAUUUGUUCGUGCAAAUUCUCAAGGACGAAGCGGUAGGAAGAUUGAACGAACUAGGGAAGGUGAGUGAUGCGGCUCGAUAUCUUGAGAGGACAUUCUUGAGUCCAGCUUCAAUUAAAGCAAGAUUUCUUCUUCAAAAAUGGAUGGAGGAUGCUGGAUUAAGAACGUGGGUUGACUGCAUGGGCAAUCUACAUGGUCGAACUGAGGGCAGGAAUGCAAGUGCUGAAGCAUUAUUGAUUGGAUCUCACUUGGAUACUGUUGUUGAUGCUGGAAAAUUUGAUGGCGCAUUAGGCAUCAUAUCUGCUAUCUCUGCUUUGAAAGUUUUUUAUAUGAAUGGGAAGUUAGAAGAAUUAAAGAGGCCAAUUGAGGUGAUUGCCUUCAGUGAUGAAGAGGGCGUGAGGUUUCAAUCAACCUUUUUAGGAAGUGCUGCUAUUGCUGGUAUCUUACCAGUUUCAUCUUUGGAAAUAUCAGAUAAAAGUGGCAUGACUAUAAAAGAUGUUAUUACGGAGAGUGGUGUACAGAUAACAGAGGAGAACCUGUUGCAACUCAAGUAUGACCGUAAGUCUGUCUGGGGAUAUGUUGAGGUUCAUAUUGAACAAGGUCCCGUACUUGAGUGGUCUGGUUUUCCUCUUGGAGUGGUUAGAGGCAUUGCUGGGCAGACACGCCUAAAGGUUACAGUGAGAGGUUCUCAGGGGCAUGCAGGAACGGUUCCAAUGCCUUUGCGCCAAGAUCCCAUGGCAGCUUCAGCUGAAUUGAUUGUACAAUUGGAAAAACUCUGUAAGCAACCAGAGAGUUACUUAUCUUUUGAUGGCCAUUGCAGUGAUUCUACCCUGAAAUCACUUUCCACAUCUCUUGUCUGUACGGUUGGAGAGAUAUCAACAUGGCCCAGUGCAAGCAAUGUCAUUCCAGGCCAGGUGACCUUCACUGUAGAUUUACGUACUAUCGAUGACAUUGGACGAGAAGCUGUAAUUUAUGAAUUCUCUAAUCAGGUACAUAAAAUUUGCAGCAGCCGGUCGGUUUUGUGCAAUAUCGAACGUAAGCAUGAUGCAAAUGCCGUAAUUAGUGAUUCGGAGCUGAGCUCGCAGCUGAAAUCUGCAGCUUCCGCUGCACUCAAAAAAAUGGUAGGCGAGAUUCAGGAGGAAGUACCUGUAUUAAUGAGUGGAGCCGGGCACGAUGCAAUGGCAAUGUCUUAUUUAACGAAGGUGGGAAUGUUGUUCGUCCGCUGUCGUGGAGGUGCAAGUCACUCCCCCUCCGAGCAUGUAUUGGAGGACGACGUUUGGGCGGCGGGUUUGGCUGUCUUGGAAUUUCUAGAAAACCAUCUGUAGUAUUUUUACUCUAUGUUCCCAGUACGCAAAACUAAUUAGUUACUUAGUAGAAGUGCUACAUGUUAAUUCAUUUGUACAAUCCAUCUUCGUAGAUUUGUACUGCCCCUUUGGUCGUAAGCAAGACUAAUAAACUUCAUGUUGUAUGUAAA